AUGAGCGGCUCACCAGACGUCGAAUCUGGAUCUGUUACACCCGAGUUAGUGCCCCAACCAGAAAAGAAGGUCGAGCUGGAUGUGGGCGGCGAAGAAGAACCCGGGGAAGAAGUUGCAGGGGACGACGGAGGGCCGAGCGUCGGAGUGGCGGGGAGCACCGUCGACAAGAUCCAGUUCCGGAAAGCCAUGGACUCCAUCAUGGUGGCCAGGACGGGGCGAGGACCGGCAGCCGUGAAGGCAGGCCAAGAUGCGGCCGAGGCCCAGAAGAAGAUGCUCAUCACCGCAGUCGUCAUCGUGGGAAUCCUUAUACUUAUACUGGCUCUCGGCGCCUUCGUAAUAAUCAAGAUUGCCGGAGAUGCUGAGACCACUACUCAAGAGGUGGGACGGAGAAGGAGGAGUCUUCUCAAAGCCCUCGGGAAAGACGAGAACUUCGACAUAUUCCGCGGCGACUACUUGGAUGACCGGUCGAGUGAACAAAUCAGUGCUGCCGGCGUCGACUCUCAGUUGCCCGCGAUGGACAUCUUCCGACGGAAGUGA